CUAAAUCCAGAUAACACACACGAAAACAUCAAAUUGACGAUAUAAUCGUUCAAUUAUUUCAAACAUGCCGAUAUAUUCUUCUUCCGAUUUAGAAGACUCUAAUGGUCCCAACAGUCUAAGUGCCAAGUUCUUUGGUCGUGAACGACCUUUACAUUAUGUAUUUGGUGGAGGACAAGUUGCGGACCUACUUCUAUGGAGGAACAAAAGCUUGUCAGCAGCGGUUCUGUUAGGGAUUACAAUGAUUUGGUUUCUCUUUGAAGUCAUGGAGUACAACUUCGUUUCUCUUAUGUGUCAUUUAUCGAUCCUUGUCAUGUUGAUGGUUUUCAUCACCUAUACAGCGGCCAAAUUCGCCAAUUGGGAUCUUCCCGAUAUCCACGAGAUCACGAUACAAGAAUCUGUGUUCAGAUGGUUGUAUAGGAAAAUAAACUGGGUUUUAGUUCGUUUCUAUGACAUCUCAAGUGGGGAAAAUUUCAUUGAAUUUUUCUUGGUGAUCGCAGCUUUAUGGAUGGUUUCAGUCAUUGGAAGUUAUUUUAGUUCUUUGAACUUCUUGUUCUUCUGUGCUAUUUGCCUUGGAACAUUACCGGCAUUGUAUGAACAAUACGAGAGGGAGUUCAAUCAUCUCAUAAGCAAAGGGACCAAAGACGCGAAAAAGGCAUUCAAGAAAUUUGAUGCCGAAGUCCUAAACAAGAUCCCUAGAGGGCAUGUUAAGGAAAGGAAACGCAAAUAAAUGUUAAAUACUUCGGCCAUCUGGUUUAUACGUGUGUACAAAGCAUUUUAUCGUUAUGUGGUCUCAGCUUAACAAUAGAUCUGUAUACAUGUAAAUAUGAAUUGUAUAGACUUAUGGAAUGACUUCGCAUAUUGCAUUUUCUAUA